UCUCGGAAAUGGCUCAGGAGGUGUAUCUCAUUAUUCUACUCUCGGUGAUCUAUCUCGUUCAGUGUCAAUACUUUCAAUGGAACACAUCUUCCAAUAGCACACGGAAUUCUUUCUGUAGUGAAGACUGCAGGGAUUGCAGCGUCACUCCCUGUGUGGCUGAGGAGUUAUGCUGUGUUUGUAAACUAAAGUCGGGAUGGGAAGUCGGACAGGAGGACAUAACUCCCUUGCAUAUUGAGUACAGAAACGUGUUUGGGGACAACACACUUGUAAAUCCAUUUCCUUCUCAGGAUAAUAAAUCUAUAUUUGAGGUCAUUCAUACAAAUGGUCGUCUGCGGAAAUUUCCCGGCAAUUAUUGCAAUUAUGAAUGGAUCUUGCAUGUUGAUUUUCAAUUUAAUGAAAUUGUAAAGGUUCCUGAUUUGAGCUGCAUACCUUACUUGGAAAUACUUAUUCUGAAUAACAAUGCGCUCUCAGAAAUACGAAACACAACAUUUAACAAAAAUACAUAUUUACGUAAACUAGACCUUUCCUUCAAUCCUAUCAGGUUUCUGGAUGCAAAUGCUUUCAAAAGAUAUGAUGGUUCGGUACCAUACUCAAUGAAUUUGGCUAAUACUCGAAUCAAAGAUCUAGACGUGACUAAUUUUUUAUUUGAAGAUGGAAAAUUCUGUGAAAUUGAUUUUUCCUCGUCAACAAUUCAAAAUUUCGUUAAUAGAAACAAUUUUACGGUUUCGCCUGGAGUAAAAUAUGGAACCAAUGCUGUAGUGAACUUUGAGAAUACCCGCAUUAAACAGUUACCAAACAUGACUUCGUUUGGGAUCAAAUCUGGAUAUGAAUUUUACUACUACUUGGAAUUUAAGGUAUUAACAACGAAUCUUAGCAUCAUUUGCGACUGUAUUUAUGCAAGGUAUCUCACAGAAGACUUUCCUGUCUAUAAAAAGUUUUUCAUCCAAAUGGAAUUGGAUACCCUUAUCUGUUCUGAACCAGAGUCAUUGCGUAAUUUCACCCUUGCAGAAAUCAAGGAAAACCAUUUGGAUGAUAUGACUUGUGACGUAGGAUACAAAUGUCCUCACAAAUGUCACUGUUUUGAACAACCAAGCAGAAACCACACUGUAAUCAACUGCACAAAUGCAGACAUUACAAAACUCCCAGAUAUUCUACCAUGGGCGAGCAAUUAUUCUCUAUUCUUCGGAGAUAACGACAUACCAUCAUUGGAGGAAAAAAGCUAUUUUGGCAAGGUUUCCUAUAUGCAGAUAUCAGGUUUAAAAGAAAUUGAUAGCAACACCGUAAAAGCAUUUCCAGACAGUAUUGCUCUCGAUGUGAAGAACCACCAUAUACAGAAACUCCCAAAGGAACUCAUGUCGAAAAAUUCGUCGAGAAUUAACUUUGGUCAAGUUCAAAUUGACUGUGUUUGCUCCGACAAGUGGCUUUAUCUUUGGAUACAAUCGACAAAUAACCAGCCUUCCACUGAAUAUAUAUGUUCGAACUUAAACAAAAAUUUAUCUAAUUUAACAAUUGAUGACUUUCAAUGCGAAGAGCCAGUAAAUGAAGUUCUUUUUACAAUGAUGAUAACACUCUCCGUGCUAGCCGUAUUGUUAAUUCUUAGCACACUAAGUUACAGCUGCUGGUAUCCAGAAAUGCUAAUUUUAGCCAGAAAAUGUUUCACCAAGACGCGUCCCCAUGAGAAGAAAUGUGACUUUGAUGUGUAUAUAUCACUGGAUGAGAAGGACCAUAUACAAAGAAACUGGGUUAUUAAAUGUUUAUUGCCAUUUCUGGAGUCAGAGGGCUAUAUAGUGUACCUGCCUAUGCGUGAUUCGUUGCCAGGAGAAAUUGAGAUUUCCUCAAGGAUGAACGCCAUAAAAAGCAGCAUAGCUUCGAUAGUUAUUCUGACUGAAAAAGAAUCUAUGGAAAAUUUUCGAGACAUUGAUGACAGCGAAACUAAAAAGAUUUCGGUAAUUAAGGAAUUCGAAUUGAUGUGGAGUUUAUUCGUUAAACAGAAAUAUCGAAACAUUAUUGUUCUUAACUUUGAAAACAUUCGUAAACAAUUUACUGGGCAUAGAAUUGUUAAGGCAUUUGUUAGAACUAGACAUUUUGUCAAAGUUUCCUCGCGGAAAAGAAAUGUUUUAAAAGAAGUUCGUUCACGUCUACACGAGCCACGGGGUAGAGAUAUUAUGUUGAAAUCUCUGAAAAAUGUUUCCGAUUUCAACAGGAACAUUAGAUUUCAUAAGCCGUAAUUUGAAUCUGUUAGGGAACAUGGGGGAUUUGAGAUGUUUCGCUUGUUGAUGGAUGUUCAAUUGUACAAAUGUCUGUAGUAUAUUCUUGUAAAUGUAUUCAAUGAUAUUUUGAUAGCUUGAUAAGUUGAUAUGAUAAUGAUACUAAUGUGCCGAUCGGCUUCUUUACAAUGUCUUCAUUCUUUGUUGUACCGUCAGGAAGAUACAACAUAUACUCUAUUUCCCACAAAGGAUGGAAGUUUAUGCAGUAUGAACGGAGACAAUCACGUGCAUGCAUAUCAUAAUUAUAUUUGUCUGCGAUACUCGUCCUAAAAAAAAUCCAUGAAUAAUAAUAGUGAAUGUGUCCUUUAAAUCCCUACCUUUACCGUCGUUCUGCACUAGGAAUCAGUAGAUGUCUACCUGUUGUAGCUGUGUACAGGCUUAUCCACGGUCUCAUGAUACUUUAAGGAUACUCCCACUGACGGUUAGAAACAGAAUACAAUUAUCCAUGAUCUCCCCUGCUUUUACAUUUGACGUGUGCUUGUUUUGAUAAUAGAAAACAAAAGAAAUGUUGCGUUUAAUUUCUUGCAUAAGCCUGGGCCAAAGUGAAACAUUUUUAUACCCCCGCAACAAGUUGUGGGGGGGGGGGGGGGUAUACUGGAAUCAGGUUGUCCGUCUGUCCGUCCGUCCGUCUGUAGACGCAAUGGUUUCCGGACUCUAAAGCAUUAUCCUUUCCACCUACCGUCACCAUAUCAUAUAUAUGGACUACCCAUGGGAUGAAGAUGUUCCCUAUCGAUUUUGGGGUCAAAAGGUCCAAAGGUCAAGCGCACUGGACAUCGAAGUAGCAAUAUGGUUUCCGGGCUCUAAAGCGUUAUCCUUUCCACCUACAGUCACCAUAUCAUACAUAUGGACUACCCAUGGGAUGAAGAUGUUCCCUAUUGAUUUUGGGGUCAAAAGGUCAAAGGUCAAGUACACUGGACAUCGAAGUAGCAAUAUGGUUUCCGGGCUCUAAAGCGUUAUCCUCUCCACCUACAGUCACCAUAUCAUACAUAUGGACUACCCAUGGGAUGGAGAUGUUCCCUAUCGAUUUUGGGGUCAAAAGGUCAAAGGUCACGCGCACUGGACAUCGAAGUAGCAAUAUGGUUCGGUUUGUCAUGCCAUUUGUUUUUUACACUGAGAAAAGAGGUAGUUUAUACCUAUUACCAACACCCUUUGGGAGAUUGGGGUAAGCGGGGGGUAUUCUUAGUGAGCAUUGCUCACAGUACCUCUUGUUUAAACAAACUCGAUGUAAUCCGCGGAAACUGUUUUAAUGAUUCUUCAUGAAUGAAGUCCAGUUAAAUCACUCAUGGUUUGAAAACUCAUCUGGAAUAAAAACCCAGGAAAGUUCGUCAUCGUCUACUUAAGGGGCAUCGACACGAUUUGAGCUGAAAUUAUUUUGCCAUUUUUAAUGUUUAUAAUGUUUUACAACGGUGAUUCUAAUGGUCAGAAAUUUUUUGAAUGUCAGUUGUUGAGGUACAUGGGAGUUCACAAUUUUUUUUUUUUUUUUUAUAUAUAUAAUUUAGGCUCAUGCCAUAUUUUUGCUUACAUAUGUUAAAUGUACUAGUAAAAGUGUAAUUCGUUUAAGGCGGAUUUUGUUUCGUUUAUUAGUUUAAUUCUGAACACAGUUGGAUUGUUUCUAGAGUUUGGCACAUUAAACACGAGUACGAGCCUUGAUUAUGUAUGCAUAACAAACAAAUGUGAGUACUGAAUCUCACGUGUAACUCAACGAUUGAUCCUCAAAUUUUGGAAAAAUGGAAAAAUGUUGAGCUCAAAUCAUGUCGAUGCCCCUUUAACAAUUCUAUGUAGAGAAAAAAAAACAACAACAACGUUUUAAUGGAUUGAAAACAGAUUGAUCCGUUUUGUUACAAAUAAAUGUUUAUUGGUAUAUACAUAAACUAUACAUGUAUACAUCUUCACCUUGCAUACAUGUAAAUAUGCAUACAUACCAAUGAUAAUUCAUGGAAACCCGGAAGCUUAUUUCCAAUAGGAUCCUUUAAUGUUGGCGCUAGGGGUAAUUUUUGUUGGAGAAAACCUUUUGUUUUGCUAAUAAUGAUAAUAUACUGUGUAUGUCAUAUUAUAAGAUCAGAAGGACCCCAUUGGAAAUAAGCCAUAUGGCUUUUAUGGGUUAUCCUUGGCAUAGGCAUAUACAUUAAUUUAUUGACUGUGCUCUUAAAGUCAAAUAGCUCUUAAAGUUUACGCUUUUAUCUUAUGUAUUUAAAAACAACUUUUGUUUUAAGUAUGUGUUCCUCUGUGAUAUUGUCUUGUAUCUAUAUUGUACAU